UAUGGUGAACAAGAUUUUACAGAACACGACACGCAUGCGUGGAAUUUGGUGUUUUUAUGCGGAAGCACACCGUUAAUACAAACAGUCGCGCUCUCCAUGUGUCGAUGUCACUAGUGCGAUCAACAAAUUGUGACAAGUUGCGCACAAACUGCAUCACAAUUCGAUCGAAUUUGCAAGUACUCUAGGAAAAAAAAAAUGGAAUUAGUCAGAAGUAUAUGUAGGAAGUCUGCUUUUGUGUAUAAAAACGGUGUGCAGUGUGUAUCUCUUAGACACAGCGGCACUACGACGUCCUCCAACGUCGCCGAGGUAGCGGUGUUCUCGCGGGAUGGCGAUUCCGGACUUACGAUCACAGACGCCGGGGACACGAAACCGAAAGAUGACAUGAUCUUCAAUGCGCUCGGAGCAACCGACGAACUGUCCUCCUAUAUUGGACUCGCUCGGGAGUUUGCCUGCGACAGUAAGGUCGAGCAUCCAUACGUCGACAAGCUCAAGAGAGUGCAAAUGAUACUGUUUGACUUGAGUCAUGCGAUUUCGAAGUCGACGCCUGGAAAAACACGAUCGUUCGAGAGCAAGCACACCAAGGACCUCGAGGAAUGGAUCCUCGAAUAUGCCAAUCAGCUCCCUCCUCCGGAAGAUUACAUUAUUCCCGGUGGUGGAAAAGCUUGCGCCUCCUUGCACGUUGCACGUACUGUGUGCAGGCGUGCGGAAAGGAGUAUCACAACGCUAGUUCGGGAUGGUGCUCUGGACAGAGAGGCGCAAACAUAUUUGAACAGACUGUCGGACUUUCUUCUAACGGUGUCACGUAUCGCAGCCAAAUGCGAUCAGCGCACAGAGAACAUUUAUAUCCCGCGUGCGGAAGUAACAGAGGAAAAGUAAAACAAAUACUGAUCUAGACAUUCUCAUAGAUGUCGAAUAAAUUUUUUUUUUUUUUUGUCUAAAUACAUAUAAACGUCCAACAACAAUGUAAGCGCAGAUAUGAGGUAAUUUGUAGUGUGAAAGAAACAAUUCGAUGGUACGAUUAAUCGUACCUCUAUCUGUCGAAUCUUUGCCUUUGAGAAGCUGAAUAUGUAUUACAAGUUACAAAUAUUUGUUAACAAUAAAAAAAAAAUACAGUAGUUUAAUAUAGAAAGAAAGUUCUAUCGCGGUCAAUUGCAAUCUUAAAUGAAAAAUGUUUGUCGACAUUUUUUAUCAGAUGAUGUAAAAGUAAUAAAGAAAUGCAAGUUUCUUUA